CUUUCUGCUGUCGGUGAGAGUUUCAAAAUGAGCCGAGACCGACCGGAAAGACUGAUCCAGCACAAUAAGUGAGGGCUAUUUUACCAUGUUUUCUGAAAACGGUGUUGCUUAGGAAGUGACAGAGAUUGUGAAGUGAACAUUUUUAACUGAAAGGAAAUUAAAUCGUAGGCAUGAACGCAAAAAUCCUGGUUAAAAACUCUUGGUCGUAUUGCCCAUGUUGGCGGGCUUUUCAAAUCGGACAGAAAACGGUUUAUGAUUUGGCGCCCGUAUUUUCCUACGGUUUCCACGCAGAGGAAUUUUGUUUUAUUUUCAAAUCUCCCCGCGGGUUCUAUCCGGUUUUGCAGAAAGCUGUAAAUGAGGCUUUCUGUUGUCGGCGGGAAAAUUUCCAAGUGAACCGAGAGGAAAGCAGAACAGCUGCCGGACUGGCAUCGCAAAAGUGGAAAUAUUGUUGAUCUUGUGCAAUCGGGAGAGCGAUUGUAAAAUAUUGUUUAAAGCAGGAAUGCGCUCAACGGGAAAGAAACAGUUGUGAUACUUUUAUCAAUAUAACCGGGUGCUGAUGUGUAAUAAAUUCAAUCUGUGCAGAGAAUAACUUUCGGCGGGCUUUUCUUUCCCGCUUCCACUUAUUCUUCAGUUUUUGCGGGGAAAAAAGAACUUCAAGAUCAAAAAUAGACGGAUUCAACUAGGCCGGGGAAUCAGAGAUUGUGUGAAGUAUACAGUUGUAUUCUAAAAGUAAAUUAUCUGGAAUAUGAACGCAUUCUUCUUUGUAAAUCUUCUACCCGUUUGAAACUAUUGGAUGGCUUUUCGAGUUUGAAAGAAAGCGGUUGAUGAUUUGGUGCCGGGGUUUUCCGGCCUCCUCCCCGGGCCCUCUCCGGAUUGGUGAGUGAAGCAGAUAUCUGAUUGGACAUUGAAACGACAUUAGGAGAUACUGAAAAAUGUGACCAAUCAGCAAUGGCCGCAUCCCCAUUCCUCCCGAAGGUAUAAGAGGGCGGGAUGUGGCCGCAUUGCAGCAUUCUCUGUGAAAGUGUUUGAGAGACUGUGGCGAUGUCUGGGAGAGGAAAGGGCGGUGGCGGGAAAGCUCGGUCGAAGGCGAAGUCCCGGUCGUCCCGGGCUGGGCUGCAGUUCCCGGUGGGCCGUGUUCACAGGCUCCUGAGAAAGGGUAACUAUGCUGAGCGUGUGGGUGCCGGAGCGCCGGUCUAUCUGGCUGCGGUGCUCGAGUACCUGACGGCUGAAAUCCUCGAGCUGGCCGGUAACGCGGCCCGGGACAACAAGAAGACCCGCAUCAUCCCCAGGCACCUCCAGCUGGCCGUGCGCAACGACGAGGAGCUCAACAAGCUGCUGGGAGGGGUGACCAUCGCUCAGGGCGGGGUGCUGCCUAAUAUCCAGGCCGUGCUGCUGCCCAAGAAAACCGCCGCUGGGGGCGCCACUAAAAAGUGAAGGGGCCGUUCUGUAACCUGACAACCAAUGGCUCUUUUCAGAGCCACCCACAAAAUCAGUGCAAAGCAGCUAGACUGUCACUGCUGGUUGAUUAAUUUUCAUUUUAUGUGCAAACAUAAUUCCUUUUAUUUUUUCCCUAACCGAGAUAAAACUGGAGCAGCUACCGGACACGACGAAUAAAGUCUGAGGUUUUACUGCAGGGACAGCGACUUGAAAUAAUAACUCAAAGCGGUAUCCCCAUCAAUACGCUGACGGAACAAAGGACAUGCAAUAAGUCGCCGCAACAAAGAGGCCAUUCGAUACGAAACCGACCCGCCUCAGAGGAUCGAAUGAAUACAUUAGUGGGAGAUUUGGUCGUGCAAUUGAAAUUUUGCCCAACGCAUAAAAAUUGUUUGCAUGUUUUGAUGGGCUUUUCGAUUUGGUAACCUUUUCCCACCACCCUCCUCCGUCAAGCUCCGUUAUAGCUGGCAAUACGCCCAGUGAAGAAAUUUGCCCACGGAGGCGUUUCAAUCGGAAACUUAUAAAAUAUGGGGUGCAAUACUUCAAUUGUGUUAUGAUUUCUGAACAUUUAUGAACCUGAUUGCCCCGAGUUACCUUUUGUCUUUAAUGUGAAUUAGUGUAUCUCAGAACCAACAAAUUUCUCUAACAGAAAUUAUGGGAACUGCAGAUGGUGGAGUAUCCAAGCUGUGUAGCUAGAUGCACACAGCACGCUCAGCAAUAUCCCGACACGUCAGCUUUUCUGCUUCUGAGAUGUUGCUUGACCUGCUGCGUUCCUCCAGAUACACACUUCUGUUGUCUAAGCUUCUGCAACAGCUGUGGCAUUGAAUCACAUCGAUAGCUCGCUGUGGGUUUACAUUAAUUAAAGUUCAUAGUUCCUAACUCCCGCACCAGGCGCUGGAACGGCAGUUUGCGGAUCAGCAGCUCGGUGGAUUUCUGGUAGCGGCGGAUCUCCCGCAGAGCCACCGUGCCGGGCCGGUAGCGAUGAGGCUUCUUCACUCCACCCGUGGCCGGAGCGCUCUUGCGGGCCGCUUUGGUCGCCAGCUGCUUGCGAGGAGCUUUUCCUCCGGUGGAUUUGCGCGCUGUCUGCUUGGUUCUGGCCAUUCUCUUCAACUCUCUGCAACAAACACGCAAGCUGCUGCUGUCACUGCCGAGCCUGCUGCGGCGGUGCCAAUUUAUGGGAAUGGAGAGCCCGCCCUAGAGCUGGGAUUGGAUACAGUCCCGUCCCUCAACCCCUCUGAGAAAUGGGAACUGCAGAUGCUGGAGAAUCCAAGAUAAUAAAGUGUGAAGUUGGAUGAACACAGCAGGCCAAGCAGCAUCUCAGGAGCACAAAAGCUGACGUUUCGGGCCUAGACCAAACAGCUCCGGAAGGUACGGAAAAGGCAAUAAAAUAAUUGUUGAAUUCAGAUUGGUUAACCUGAAAUGACAGUUUGUCAAUUUGAAAAAAGCCCGCCGAUUUUAGGUUAAAUAUUUAAAGGAAAAAUAAUGUCCGACGACGAUAAAAUCUGUACUUUGUGGGAUUUUUUAAAAACCAAACUUACAGUUAACGCGGAAAAGACGCGGGUUCAUUGCCUGAUCUGUCUCUAACAAGCAGGAGUAAAGCGGGGUGUUUUAACAAAGCCCAGAUAAACGAAUCAACCGGCCGCCUACCCCCCGUUAAUGAAUCUAAAAAACACCGCCGAUUUAAGCAUAUUCAAAGCUAACAGGGUACUAAAGCUACACAAUCUCAAUUAAUCGGCUCAUUUUUAUUUCACCCAGAUAUAAAUAGUCCGAAAACUGUCACAGAGGGUAACAAGUCAUUAAAAUAUCUGCAUGCUUCCUUGAAUGAAAACUGAACUGAAUUCCUGGGAGGAAUGAAAUAGAAAAACUGCAAUAUGUAACAUUUAGCAUCAGGGCGAAAUUACAAAUCGAGAUCUGAAAUCCGGCUGCGGCACAGUACACCCUCGCUGUGUGCUGCCUUUCCUGUGCUCAGGUCUCCGUUCUCACUGCUUGAUCUUUCUCUAACAUUGGACACGAAAUUAGUGUAUUUUUGUAAUGGAAUGAGCCAAAAUUAAAAGUCGCGAAAAAUGUGAAAUAACCAGCUGCAGUACACUGUCUCCUCCAUAUGUGCUGCCUUUUCCCAUCCUCGGGUCUCCGCUCUCAAUCGGAGGGUUUGGGUGGCUCUGAAAAGAGCCGUUGGGGUCGCUGGAAAAGGGACGAGUUGCUCAGCCGCCGAAUCCAUACAGCGUGCGGCCCUGGCGUUUCAGAGCGUACACCACAUCCAUGGCAGUCACCGUCUUGCGCU